AUGUUGGACGAUCAGCCCCGCAGAAGUCGGCGAUCCUCCAUCUCCGAGCAUAUUCAGCGCGUCUUUAAUGUGGAUCGACUGGAUAAGAAACGCGUGAGUGAUGGCUUUCAGGCUGAUCAGGCGAGGAACGCUGCCUUGGUACCCAAGUCCGAAAUCACCAUCGGCUUCGAGGUCGGUGCCGGUAGCACCAUCGCUGGCGAAACGAAGCCCAGUUCUUUUACACAUUCGUCUCGGAAUUCUCGGCUGCCAUCCGUCAGUACGCCGGGUUCGAGUCCCCCAGUUCAUCCAGUGCGGGUUCAGGAUGAAGACGCCGAGGACCCCAAACAACUGGCAUCAGAUAUGAGUGCCCCUAAUGCUAAUACCAACACUACCAACAAUGCGAGUGCCGCAAACAUAGAUCUCAUCUGCAGAUCUCCAACCUGGGAAAAAGACGUCAAUCGCAAAGAACGACGCGCCACCAAGCGACUCGAGGCAGAGCGCAAAGAACUCGAAAAGCGCCUCUCUCAUCUUGAAGAGGCCCAACUCAAAUUAGAUCAAGGCGUCUACGACAGAAACUCUCGCCGCUUGACAAAAAAGCAACCUCUAGGUAGCUCAACGCGCUCAUCAAGUGCCAAUACUGAAAGACCCAGAUCAUCAAGCUUCACCUCACUUUUCUCCUCCAAGCGACGCUCUCGAUCGCGAGCAAGUUCAAUGACUGGCAGUGACAGGGAAUCGCGCAGCUCGAUCGAGAAUGGACCUCCAACGCUCCCCUUGACGCUGCCUGAACAGUUCGGUACUGCUGUCUCUCGUGAACUCGCAACCCGCCAUGGAACAAGUCUGGUACCGUCUCAUCAGAUGCCUCGGGCGCUGCACCACACUCCGGCCAAGUCGGAUGAUCUCCGUGAGAACUGGAAGCUGGCUGAAGAAUGGAAGAAGAAGACUGGAGGCACAGAGCCAGAGAACACCGUGACAACGAAAAGGGCAUCAUUCAGAUCCAAAUUCACAAGGUCGGAUAAGCAUACUCCCAACGGAUCCUCCACUAGCUAUCCCCCCAGCAAGCCUAUGUCUACACCUCAUCCAACUCCCCACACACCUUCGCAGGCGACGGAACUAUCUGCAGAUCUCGACCGCGAUUCUUUCACCGCAGCACUUCGAGCCGAGAGAAUCGCGCCAGGUGUGGCAAGCAGAAACCCCAACGCAUCAAGUCCCAAUGCCGCAUCAACAACGGGGAAUUUCCCAAAGAAAGGCCGAGCCGAUAUUAGUCAAAAGACCUACAAGUCCUCUCCUCUGGCCCUGAACCCCUUCACAAACAAAGAUGACGAUCAAAAGCACGGGCGGUCUCCAAAAUCUGCAACACAGCCCGCUGGACAUGGUCAUGGUCAUGGCAAUACGACACCGUCUCGUCUCCCCGAGGAACAAGGUCAAGGACAGAGAGGACAAGGCCGUUUGAAUGCGAAUGGUUUUAAGAAAUCAAGCCCACCAACCCGCCCAGUGGCGGACCAUUCGGUCACUGCCAAAAUGCAAGCUCCCGUCACUUCCCAGCAACAACGUCCAGCAAAUGAAAAAUCAACAGAGAACCGGCCUGCGAGAAUGGUCUCACCCGAUACGAAAGCCGAACAUAUGCCAAGAGACGCAAAUAUGUCUCCUCUAAUGGUUCCACCACUGAAACAUUCUGGCAGACGAUCCACGAUCAUCACGUCGGGUAGCCCGAAAUCAAACAACGGGACACAGGAGGCACCAAUCGUCGUGGCAGAGACACAGGAGGUAUCGGUACCGGCGUCGACACCAGCACUCGAUCAAGUGAAUUCGAAGACUGAUUCCACACGCCGGGUCUACCAACUCACAGACGGAGGUCCAGGCAAUACCUCUAUGCAAAGCGUACACCGACCGGGACAUAGUCGAACAUCAUCACAUUCAUCAUACGGGGGAUCGAGCUACGAUACAGCAGAUGAGGAGGUUCUGGAUAUAUCCAAGGCUCAUACAAAAAUGAAACCUCAGCCCUCGCCACCUCAGGCCUCGCCAUCUGAAGCCCCCCAAGGCCCUCCCCCUCGAGCUCAAGCUCAAGCAUCAAAAUUCCAAGCUCCAAAGUCCCCCAACACAAACCCACCUAUGGCUAUGCAAUUGCAAGAUGCCGGAACAAAUGGAAUGAUCAACCCAAAUGUUCAUUUUCCCAUUCCCAGGGCAAAUCCAAAUCCUCCUCUCGCCCCGGACGGCCCAAUCGCAAUGAUGAGAUCAACUCUAGUCCAACGCACAAAAAAGCCACUAAAGGACCAAGUCCUCGCAAAGCUAUUUGUCAUCUGCUGCUCUUGCAAAUACUGGCACGAUAUGCCGUCAGAGAUAUACGCCCGACUAGCAUGUCCAGAGCGCCUCCCAUCCGAAUCUCGUCUCGUUCGCACGUUUUCUCGCAAAAUUUCUUCGCGGCGGAACUCGAUUUUUUCUUCUUCAGACCCGUCGGGUCGGGGACUACCGAGCCAAUUAAGGGUGCAACCCCCUUCGAACAAGGGUACUGGCGGUGGCACUGAGAAUGGUAGUCCCGAGCAGCGAAAUGGAAAUGGAAAUGGCGCUUCUGCGUUAGUGCCUGUUCAAUGCAAUUGGUGUGGACAUGGUAUGACCCGAGCCUGUUGCCAGGGGUGGACUACUCUUGUCCAAAUGCGCGACAGACACCACUAA